AUUUCACAACUUGAUCUUCAUGAAUUCAAGAAGUACUGCAGCAUCCAUUGUUUCCUGUAAAUCGGGAAACAAGAACGACUUCUUCUUUUGGAUUUUGGUUUGCAUUCUCCCAAGAUUCCUUGGAACUCCAAUUGCAUACGUGAACUUCCUCUUGUUCAAGGCCAUUGUUAGAAACCCUUCUUCAUCUGUUCGCAUCCUGGCCUGAUUUGGAGAGACUAUUCCACAGAAGUGAUUAAUCUUCAUCCAUCUGCCAUCUGCUAUUCACUUCACCCAUUGUACUACAAAGAUGGUUUCCUCACAAUUUUCUGGUUUGUCCAGGACUGGCAUGUGCAAGCCCCUGCCAAGCCAGUUGCUUCUUCCUAUGGGACCACCUGAUGUUGUUCCAUCUGAUUAUGUCGAGUUUGACUUUUCAGAUGUAUUUGGUCCUUUACCAUUGCAGGCCUCACUUGAAGCUGAUAUAGUGACAGCGGGAAAUUGCUCAGCUGGAUCAGAUUCAAAGGAAAUGAUUUAUAUUGAUCCUGUGGUCAUUUACAACCGAUCCCAUUCUUUAGUGGGCCCAUCAACUUGUGUUAGUCAAUCAUUAAAGCUGAGCAUGCUCACGUUACAUGAGACAGAGGAUUCACUGCAACUUUUAGAGUGUGUCAAUGGAGAGGCACCAAAGAAACCUACUAGUGAUAAUACCAUUCUAGAGAAAUCCUCCAGCCAUGGUGACGAUCAAAGUUUGAAGAAUCAGAGUGUUGGACUGGAGGAUUUUGAAGUUAUGAAGGUUGUUGGACAAGGUGCAUUUGGGAAAGUGUUUCAGGUGAGGAAGAAGGGUACUUCAGAAAUAUACGCAAUGAAGGUCAUGCGAAAGGAUAAGAUUAUGGAGAAGAAUCAUGCAGAAUACAUGAAAGCUGAGAGGGAUAUUUUGACAAAAGUAGAUCAUCCCUUCAUCGUGCAGCUCAGAUACUCAUUCCAAACAAAGUACAGGCUUUAUCUUGUUCUUGAUUUUGUAAAUGGUGGUCACCUAUUUUUUCAGCUCUAUCACCAUGGGCUUUUCAGAGAGGAUCUAGCACGCAUAUAUACAGCUGAGAUUGUUUCUGCCGUUUCUCACCUCCAUGCAAAUGGCAUAAUGCAUAGGGAUUUAAAACCGGAAAAUAUUCUACUGGGUGCUGAUGGCCAUGCAAUGUUGACUGAUUUUGGUCUAGCAAAAGAAUUUGAUGAGAGUACAAGAUCAAACUCCCUGUGUGGAACAGUAGAAUACAUGGCACCUGAAAUUGUUCUUGGGAAAGGUCAUGAUAAGGCUGCAGAUUGGUGGAGUGUGGGAGUCCUAUUGUUUGAGAUGCUCACUGGGAAGCCACCUUUCAUUGGCGGCAAUCGUGGGAAGAUUCAGCAGAAGAUAAUCAAGGAUAAGAUCAAGCUACCUGGAUUUUUAUCGAGUGAAGCUCAUUCCCUACUGAAAGGGCUAUUGCAGAAGGAUGCAAGCAAGCGCCUUGGUAGUGGACCUGGUGGGAAUGAGGAGAUAAAGCGCCACAAAUGGUUUAAACAAAUCAACUGGAAAAAAUUGGAGGCACGGCAAAUUCAGCCAAGCUUUUGCCCAGAAGUUGCGGGGAAACAUUGCAUUGCUAACUUUGAUGAACGGUGGACCAACAUGCCACUUUUGGAUUCUCCGGCUGCCAGCCCCAAACCAAAUGACUGCUCCUUCAAUGGGUUCACAUAUGUGAGGCCUGUGGCCCCAUUUCUUCAGAAUAAUGGGUCCUUGUGCUAGGAAUGUGUUCAUGGUCCACCAAGGAGGCUCUACGAGACAUGGAUCUCUUGAUGAUUCUACUGGGUUGCUGCUGCUUCUUAAAUUGUACUCAUUUAUUCA